ACACCAGUUUUCACGAGAGGCGGCUAGUUUAGCUAGCUAGGUAGAGCCGGGUAGUGACACAGCGGCCGUAUCAGAAUGUCAGAAGGGGACAGUGUUGGAGAGUCAAUCCAUGGGAAACCAUCUGUAGUUGCUGCCUUUUUCACACGGAUUGGACAGAUCUAUCAGUCAUGGCUAGACAAGUCAACGCCAUUCUAUGCAGUGCGGUGGGCUGCCACUCUACUACUCACUGCUGUCUACAUGAUCAGAGUGUACAUACUACAGGGUUGGUAUAUAGUAACAUAUGCUUUGGGAAUCUACCAUCUCAACCUGUUCAUUGCUUUUCUAUCGCCAAAAGUGGAUCCUUCACUGCUUGACGAAGAUGAGGGUCCAUCCCUUCCGACCAAGCAGAAUGAGGAGUUCCGCCCUUUCAUCAGGAGGUUGCCUGAAUUCAAAUUCUGGCAUUCAGCGACAAAAGGCAUCGUCAUCGCCAUGAUUUGCACAUUUUUUGAUGCCUUCAAUGUGCCAGUGUUCUGGCCAAUACUUGUAAUGUACUUCAUCAUGCUCUUCUGCAUCACCAUGAAGAGGCAGAUCAAGCACAUGAUCAAGUACAAAUACCUACCUUUCACACAUGGAAAGAGGACAUACAAAGGCAAGGACGACACAGGGAAAACUUUUGCUAGUUAAAAACUCCCACCUACCCUUCCCCUCCUCCUCAUUUGAAAUUAUCUGUCACUGGUAGUGGGGAGUGACCAGGGUUAGAUUCUUAUUUUCUUUUUUGUAAGCGGGACAGUAACAAGAAAACAUAAUAUGAAAAGUAUGAGUUUUGAUCCAUGAUUCACACUGUUGGAUAAGGUUAUGAGCAGCAGGGAUCAAAUUAAAGGAAUAUUGCCUUUGUCUAUGAAGGGGUAAGAUUUUUUUUUUGUGAGGACCAUAAGACUCAUUUUGGGAUAGGUCUGCAUUGUUUCAGUAGUAGGUGAGACUCAGACUCAGUGCUGCCUUUUGCCUUUUUAAUCCCAUGGGGUAAGUAUAAAGUAAUGUAGAAGGAACCCCACUAACAAGAAAUUGCAGUGAAAUUUGUGAUUUUUGAUUUUUUUUUUUUUUUUUCAUGAUGGCGAUUCUAGUUCAUCUCCUUCUCCCAAGUGAAAUAAAUCUGCCAACCUUUUAGUUAACAUAUUGGUACCUACUUAUUUGUAACAAGUUAAUUAUACAUUGAAAGUCAGUAGUGUUAGUAGCAAAAUAACAUGAUUAGAUGUGUAAGAUGAAGUCUGAAGGAAAUGCAACUGUCUUCAAGUUGAAUCAUUUCAUCUUUUUUUUUAGAAAAGUGUGCAGCUGCUUUGCUGUGCAAAUGUCUCAGCAGUUGUCCUCUGUACUAAAUGCAAAGACAUCGGAGAAAUAAGUCCCAUUUCACUUGAAUAUGCAUUCAUGACAGGCAAAAAAAUCAUAAUUGAUAUCUUGAAAUGCACAAAUAAUUUUUGACUAAUGUUUAUCUUGAAUUGGCAGCUGCAUCUCUGUGCAUUACCUGAUUCUCACUCGUGUAGCCAGCAGAGCAAGAUCAAUAUGGUUGAAUAUCAGUGACAUCAUUUGAAUCUUCAGCCACCCACCACAUCACUGAAUGCAUAAUUCAAAGCAAGUGUCACUAACCCCAACCCAUUUAGUCUCCUAUAGCCUGUAGUGUAACUUCCGAUCAGUUCUUUCUACUGUUGCGCCUUUGUAGAAUUUAACAGAUGGGAUACCUUGUCAUUGACCACCCCUAUAAACCACAUUUCUUAAUUAUUUUAGGAAGCAUUUAGCUUGCAAUGGCAAGUCAAUGAAUUCGCUUUACCUCAGAUUUUUACACUAUUAUGUGGAUAAUUAUUCCAAAUGCACAGUGUCUUCAAAGUGCACAACCAGUAUUCAAGUCCGGUAUUUAACAAGGUGUAAUCUGAGAUGAUUGUCAAGCAAUCGCACGUUUACCCUGACGACCUUUUCUCUUUGAAAUAUUUACCCAUCUGUGUUUCAAAGCCUGGGGUCCAUUCGAUUUGUUUAAAUUAACUGUUGUAGUCAUUUAGAAUCUGUGUUUACUUUGAAAAAAGUUCUAAAUAUAGUCAUUCCAAGCCAACUUUUGUUCUCUUUCUUUUGCAGAGGAAACAUAAGAAAACAGAGAUUGAGAGCUUUUAUUAUAACAAAUGGAUGAAGUGGGUGGCGAUCACAUUUUCUUUUCUAUAAACCUGUUGAUUUUGUUUCUCCAUUUUUAUCAGAAUGCUGGGGAUUAUCUGUCAUUAAACUUUGAUCAGAACUGUAGUAAGGGAUCAAAACAUUUUCCUGUAAAAAGUUUGUGUUUCAAAGGAUUGUCUGGAGAAUUUGUAUAUAUAUAUAUAUUUUAAAAUAUGACUUUUUUUUUUAGAUUAUUUUUGUUUUUCUUCCAACCACCAUACUGUUUCCAAGUGUUUAAAUCCGUUUCAGUUGAAAUUGAUGAAAGCAGAACUGGUUAAUUGGGUUCUAGAUUUGAUGAAUUAAAUAUGUUUCUCAUGGGUUGCAUGUUAUUGUUUUCUUGUGCUACAGUUGUAAACAGAAACUUGAUUUUAAUAACUUAAGUGUAAUUUUUUCACUCCAAAUGCUAUUAAAGAGGCUGUGUCCCUUCAAACAGUA